GCGGCGCCGCGCCCGGAAGUGGCGUUGCGGAGGGGCUGCGCGGAGCGGCCGCCAUGAAGCCGGCGGUGGACGAGAUGUUCCCUGAGGGAGCGGGUCCCUACGUGGACCUCGAUGAGGCAGGGGGAAGCACGGGGCUGCUGAUGGACCUGGCCGCCAACGAGAAAGCGGUGCACGCCGACUUCUUUAACGAUUUCGAAGAUCUCUUUGAUGAUGAUGACAUCCAGUGAAGUUACUUGUCCAGCUCUGCAGUGCUGAGAUGUGGAUUUUUCUCUAGGAUCGCCUGUGGGGUCCAUUAUUUAUUAAAAUAACCAAAACAGGAAAGUCACAGAGGGGGGGAAAAAACCUGCUUAAGCUGCUUGGGGAAUAUGAAUACCAGAUGGUUAAAGGUAACUUAAGAGGGAACUGUGGGCUGUUAUUUCUAAGAAGCUGCCUGUAGGUUUUUCUUAUCAUCUUACUUGCUGAUGUGCUCAUUCAAUGAAACACCAAAUAAAGCCACCUCUCUCUGGAAUAUGCUUUGUAAGUA